CCACCAAAAUGGCGGCAGAGGAAAGUGUUGAAAAUUCAGCCAAGGCUCUUGUCACUAUGAAGGAAGGAAAGGGAAAUUCCUUUAGUACACCUCCAAGAAGAGGAAAUCCCGAAAGAAUCAGAAAGAAGAAUCAAAAAUAUUUCAAUGAAGAAGAGGACACAAAUUUCUCCCCUGUGAAAAGUUCUGAAAAGUCCAACAGGCAGCAGUCGACAGGAGCUUCCAGAAUAAGAAAGAGAACAUCGAAAGUUUAUUCUGAAGAGGAUGACAAACUUUACUCUCCUUCCAAGUCUCCCAGGAAGUCCAAGUCUUCAUACUCAGUCCCUUCAUACGCUAGAUCAUCUUUGUCUACUAUGGACAAGCGUCUAGCUCAGUCUGUUGGCGUACGACUGCGAAAUCUGCUCAAACUUCCAAAAGCACACAAGUGGGUGUGCUAUGAGUGGUUUUACUCAAAUAUUGAUGCACCCCUGUUUCUUGGACAGAAUGACUUUUCUAUUUGUGUGAAAGAAUCAUUUCCCCAGCUCAAGUGUAGAAAGUUGUUGCGCGUUGAAUGGUGUAAAAUCCGCAGACUUAUGGGAAAGCCAAGAAGAUGUUCUCCAGCCUUCUUCAUAGAAGAACGAGCAACCCUGGAUGAAAAGAGAGAGAAGAUACGUUUGCUCCAGCAGCGUAAAUUGCAAGAAUUUCAGAAUCUUAAAGAUUUGCCUGAGGAGAUUCCUUUGCAUCUGGUUAUUGGUACAAAAAUCACAGCUCGGUUGCGGAAGCCCCAGGAUGGCUUGUUUACAGGAACAAUAGAAGCUCUUGACACUGUUGACAGUUCAUACAGAGUGAUAUUCGACAGACCUGGUCUUGGCACACACUCUAUUCCUGAUUACGAAGUGUUGAGUACAGAGGAAUCGGAAACAAUUCCAUUGUCAUCUUUUCAAAAGAAGUCACGACCUCGGCCGGGUGUGUUUUCCCCUCCAAGAUUCAUUCCAGGUUUAUCAUCUCCUAGUCAACACCUGAAUGAUGAUCCAUUACUGAGUGGUUCCCCUUUCAAGGGUCGACUGAUGAGUUUAGAGGGAGGAACUUAUGGCGGGUUUCCCAUCAAGUUUCUUGUCUUAGUGACUCGUUUGUCCAAGAUUUUAGCAAUAAAGAAGGACUGGAUUCGUCAAUUAAAAGAAAUGAAUACUCAAGCUGAGAAAUCAACCUGUGCUUUGUUCCUGCAGCGGUCGUACCAGCAGCCCCUGUGUGUGGAGUUUCAGAAGAAGUAUGCUCACAUUGUGCUGGAGCUUGACAAGCUGAACAAAGACCUCAACGAUUACCUCGUCGGAGUACAGCAAUACUGUCAAGAGAUUGCACCAGACCAUGGACUGAUGCCAGUUGAUCAGCCAUCAGAGAUUAGAAAGAAAUGUGAGGAGGAAGCACAAGUAAUGGUGAGCCGAAUCUGUCAGGCAAUGUUCUACAACAAGAAGACGGCGAAGAAUGAGAGAAUUCUCUCACUUGUUGGCAGCCUGACUUCAUUGAUGUUGCAAGUUCGGACCUUUUCCGAACAUGAUUUCAACUCGUUUGAAUUCAAGUCUUUAACAGACAGCUUGUCCGAUAUUAGAGAAACUCUGGAUGGGAAUAGCAUCAACUCCUUUCAGAACAAUGUUGAGAUUCACAUUAACCACAUAGAGAGUGGUUUAAGCCAGAUGGGCAACCUUCAUGCAUUUGCUUCAUCCCUGACGAGCUGAAACCCACAACUCAGUCUUCUCGUGCUACGUUCAACAGGUCACGUCCAGUGUGCACUGCUGUCACCAGCAAGUGAACAGGCACAGGAGUGGAAAAUAGAACAGAAAUAUAUGCUCUUUUGUAUGUUAGACAUGACAGCUGGAGAAUUGUCGAUAAUUCUCUCAUGUUUGUUUUAAACAAUCGACACUGUAUUCUUUGGCAGAUGGUGUUUGCAUUUCUGAAUGCAUUUUGUAAGUGAAAGAUGUUUACUGGUUAAAUAACUUACGAAAACAAAUGUGUUAUGCCUCGACACAGUAAUGUUUGGCAUUUAUGAAGAGUAGAUUUGAUUUUUCACUUGAACAUGUGUUAGUUUGGGAAACCAUCCCAGUUGUUUAAGCAGUGCACUUCAAAUUAAAGUUUAUUUUGUUUAACCUCAUCAUAAGAUCACAUGGAUUAAAAAUCAUCAGCUACCGUAUGUCAAACAUUUGGUUGGGACAGAGAAUGGGUCCACCGAGGGGUUUCGAUCCUACAACCCAAGUAUGUUAGGCGCGUGCUACACCAACUGAGCUACCUGUAGAUCUCGCCCACCAUUUGCACUUACAAGUUUACUAGGUACAUAAUAAAUGUUACUGAACUUACAUGCUACACUGUGUAACACAAGCUACACUAAAACACUGGUUUAUCAAGUUUAGACCUAUUGCUGACCUACAUGGUAUGUUACAUUGUAAAAAUGUAUCCUAAUAAUGAGGUGAGCAGGUUAUGUAACCUAAGUAGGGUGGCUACAUAAUUACAGAAAAAAAAAGAUAAUAAUACAUUAGGAUAAUUUAUUGAUGUUCGUUUGUAGGUGCUUUCUUUAGGACUGUCUUGUUUUUUAAAACAAUAGUGUGCAAUAAGAUGAAUUCUGUUAUGUUGACAGAUGAUGAGAAAUAGCUAUGAGACAAAAUGAAUUUUUUUCCCCACUUAACACUUUAAUUUUAUGUAAUAAAAUACUUUAUACAGGUUGCAUCACAUGCAGAUCAGUCUUUUCAAAAUUUAUUAUAAUUGUUGUGGAAAGUAAUAUAUGCAUUUAUAAUAUGUACUGUAUAAAAAGCAUUGUAUGUAAAUCAGUUUCUGUUUGUUAUUUCAGUGUGAAAUGUAGUUUCAUUGAUCCAUUGACUUCAUUAACCUAAUUACAUGCAUACAUUAAACUCAUUACAAACAA